AUGUCAACUUCUAUGCACCUGGGACAGCUCCGGAAAUGGGUCGCCGCCUCUCCGCCGGUCGAGUUCGUCGUGAAUAGGGUAAAAGAGUUGUUGAUCGGAGCUGUCAGGCAAGGGCCGAUCCCACAGCAUAUUGCGUUUGUUAUGGAUGGAAAUCGGCGGUUUGCUCGGACGCAUGGAAUUGAGACGAUCGAAGGACAUCAUCUCGGGUUUGAAGCACUCGUUAGGGUACUCGAAGUGUGCUACAAGAGCGGCGUCAAAGUCGUGACAAUUUACGCCUUCAGUAUCGAGAAUUUUAACCGAUCACAGUUUGAAGUGAACGGGCUGAUGGACAUGGUCAACGUCAAGCUUGCACAGCUCUCCCAACACGGGGAUAUACUGGACCGAUAUGGAGCGUGCAUACGAUUUCUCGGCCGCAAAGAUCUGCUCAGACCCGAUGUGGUGGCAGCGGUUGACCGAGCUGUCGAGGUCACCAGUCGUAAUGGAGACCGCGUUCUGAAUAUCUGCUGCCCUUACACAUCAAGGGACGAGAUGGUGGGAGCAAUCCGGCAAACAGUUGUGGACUAUAGUACGCCACUGAGAGAAACAAGAGGCAACAGAGCGCGCACGCCCUUUUCAGAAUCACACAUUACCUCUAACCUUCGAGCACAAGCACUCGAUACGAGAUUCCAAGACAAGAAUGACGAGUCCGACUCGAUAUCUGCUGAGUCCCAAGAUGACGAGAACGCCUUUACUACAAGAGAUGGGCUAGAACCCAAGGGGUGCGACACGCCAUCCUCGUUCUCGUCGUCUACGACGCUGCACCUCGGCGGCCAGACAGAAGACUUCUCGGGCAAAGGCUCUCCGUUGUCAAGACCUAUCGAUGACGACGACUCCGGAUUCCCAUCUCCAGAGAGUAUCACCGUGCAAACGCUCUCAGAUCACAUGUACACCAAGGGGAACCCUCCCGUUGAUAUUCUGAUCCGCACUUCGGGCGUCGAGCGAUUAAGCGACUUUAUGCUCUGGCAAUGCCACGAAAACACCGAGAUUGUGUUCCUGGACGUUCUGUGGCCGGAGUUUGACCUGUGGCAGUUUCUACCUGUGCUGUGGAAGUGGCAGAGAAGAAUGACAAAGUCGUGGACUGGCGAGUCAGACGACUGGAAGGGAACAAGCACCAGCCCACAGGCAGCGACGGCGGCGACAGCGAUUAAGACAUAUUGA